AUGUCAAUGCGGUCUCGUGGUCCACUAGUGUACUGGGAAAAGCAAGGGGCAGAUCGCAUGUGCGCUCUGCACUGCCUAAACUCGGUACUGCAGGGCCCUUACUUCACGGAGGCGGAACUUUCGUCCAUAGGGCUGGAACUCGACCAGAAGGAGCGACAAUUGAUGGCAGAGGGAGGUACCCAAUCCAAGGACUACCAAGCGUUCUUGGCGGAAGGCAGCGGCAACGUCGCCGCUGAUGGAUAUUUCAAUGUCAGCGUCUUGAUAGAAUGCCUACGGCGGAAACGAAUCCACUGCAUUUGUCAAAGGAAUGUGGGCGAGCAUGAGGAAGCUGGAGUCGACUUCGGCUACAUCUUGAACCACGCGGACCACUGGCUGGCGCUGCGCAGAGUUCACGGCACAUGGUACAAUCUGGAUAGCAUGAAACCGGCGCCCACUGUCAUUUCAAGCUUUCACCUGGAGGCAUUUUUGAGCUCCUUGAAGGGCCAGGGCUAUACUAUUUUCAUCGUGCGACCGGAAGUGGGUGAUCUGCCGGCCCCAGGAGCCAUGCAAACUCGAAACAAUAAUCAAUUCUACCUGACACAAAAGGAGAUUGAGGAGCUCCACAGGAAAGCGGCGGAACAGGAAACGAAAGCGGCUCAAGAAGCCCAACGUCUUGGGGGCAAUGGAGAUGCAGUGAGUAUCUCCUUGUCUCCCCAGUUAUCUGGUUCUCUGGGUUCCUGUCCUAAAUGCUAUUCACAGAAAACAAGACUUCAGGAAAAUCAUUCCUCGCUAGUGCCCCUAGAGGCAGGGAACCCCACUCGCCUCGAGGAUCGGAGCCCUGUAGCUGACGGCGCUGGGCCAGAAGACGCAUCAGAAGAUCCUGAGUUGCAGGAAGCUAUUCGUCUGUCUAUGGAAUGCUACAAAAAGGAGGGAGCCGACGUAACCCACGUUAGCCUAGAUGCAUUGGAGUUCCAUGCGCAAGAACAGCUAAUGCUGCAGCUUUAG